AUGGUACUUGCACUUGAGCGAGAGAAUAAUAAAGAGAUUAAAGGAAAAUUGAAGCGGUGCUGCUCGGGAUGCAGUAUUGGGCAAAGGUGCACUAGAACAGACAAAAUUCACCAGGCACCUGAGCAAGAUCUAACUGACCUGUUUAAGCCUCCCCCUCCACCACAGGAACUGGAUGUGGACUCGGACGGAAACUCCACUCCUCCAAACAGUCCUGUAUCUUCCCUUAGACUCAAGGAAGCUUGGCAACCAGUAAGAAUUAAGCAAUAUCCCCUAAAGAAAGAAGAUAGAGAAGGUAUCCAGCCGGUGAUUGAAAAGUUUUUACAAUUAGGAUUAUUAAAAGAAUGUGAGUCUGAUUUUAACACCCCUAUAUUACCUGUUCGCAAACCAGACGGGUCGUACCAAGUGGUCCAGGACUUAUGACCUGUAAAUAAACUAACCGAGGACCUUUACCCAGUAGUGGCAAACCCAUAUACCCUGUUGACUGUAUUAACAGCUGAACUAACUUGGUUUACAGUAUUAGAUUUGAAGGAUGCCUUCUUUUGCCUCCCUCUCCAUGAAGCCAGCCAAAAAUUGUUUGCAUUCGAAUAGGAAAACCCCAAAAGUGGUCCUAAGACCCAGCUCACUUGGACGGUGUUGCCACAAGGAUUCAAGAACAAUCCUACCAUCUUUGGCAAUCAGCUUGCAAAGGACUUGGAAUCCUGGGAGAUCCCGUCUGGAGAAGGGAGAUGGUUACAAUAUGUAGAUGAUAUCUUGAUCGCUGCCAAAACAGAACAUGAAUGUGUGACCUGGACGGCCAUACUGGUAGAGGAGGAUGAUGUAGAAAUUACAGUUACUAACAUUGUCAACCCAGCCUCUUUCCUCAGUGUGAAUACAGGAGAACCAGUACAUCAUGACUGCUUGGAGACCAUUGAAACAACAUACGCAAGCCGCCCAGAUUUGAAGGACAGCCCUGUAGAAGACGGGCAAAACUGGUUUACAGACGGGAGUAGUUACGUCUUGAGUG